GGACUGGUGUGACUCCCUGCACAGGUGAGUGCCACCUCGGCUCGCCGAUUCUGCCCGCUCCCCCUCUGUGCAGCUCAGUGACGUCCCAGCUCAGCCGUGCGCCGCUCUGCGUCCGAUCAGCACUCGCCCAGGAUCAUCAUGUUGCCCCGGCUUUGUCUAGCGGCAGCGCUGCUUGCCGUCGCCCUCUCCCAGCAGAGCGGCUUCCCCAGCCGGUUCGGUCAGCGGUUCAACAGUGGACGGUUCCAGAGCAGACCAAGGGACCGGUUCGGUCGACCGAUCACCACUACCACUACCACCACCACCACGACCACCACCACCCCUGCUGAGAAGACCAGCGAAGGCACACUGCUGGUGCCGCCCAUCCCCGCCAAAUGCGCCGUCCGGCCCAAACACUGGAAGCUGGGCAACCACUGGUACUUCUUCACGGCCGAUGAGCCCGAGUUCCAGGAACUCGACGAGAAGACCCAGGAGACGGUCGGCAAGCGCUACGACUGGCUCGAUGCCCGCAACGUCUGCCGCAAGUACUGCAUGGACUCGGUCAGCAUCGAGAGCGAGGAGGAGUGGAACAUGGUCAAGAACAACGUCUCCAGCCGUGACAUCGUCUAUAUCUGGUCUUCGGGCCGGCUUUGUGACUUCAAAGGCUGCGAGACGCGCGAGGACCUGAAGCCGCUGAACCUGCUCGGAUGGUUCUGGUCGGGCACCAACGUCAAACUGUCAACCACCGACAAGACGCCCCCCGGCUGGAGGGAGCAGCCCUGGUCGCAGACCGGUCACCUGAAGAAGCCGCAGCCCGACAACGCAGAGUUCGGCAUCAACCGCACCCCCGAGUCGUGUCUGGGCAUCCUGAACGGCAUCUACAACGACGGCGUCUCCUUCCACGACAUCGCCUGCUACCACAAGAAGCCCGUCAUCUGCGAGGACAGCAAGGUGCUGCUCGACUACGCACGGGCGGUCAGCGCGCGUGACAACCUCGGUCUCAACAUCGAAUAGCCGGACAGGUGUCGGCUGAAGUGCAAAUUGUAAUAGGCACUGAGGAGGGCGGGCGUGUACCGAAACUGAUGUGGGGACGAGCUUCUCCGGCGCUGUUUAAUACCAUGCCGUGUCGAUGGCCGGCGCUCGUCGGCUGGCCCGGCCGGCUAUUGUUACUGGAUUUUGUGAGGCGCCGUUGCAGUCAGCCGGAACAAAGGACAAUGCAUUCAUACCUUUGAACGAACGAAACAGGAAAUGUCACAACAUACAUCGGAUGGCUUGCAAUAAAUGACAUGUACCUUGCAAUGCAUGCUCCAUAUAAUGUGACAUACAAGCCGGAGUGAGUUGUUUUGAAGAAGAAUAUAUUGGCAUGGCCACCGAACAACGAAAA